AUGGCCAGCCGCGGGGCGAUCACCGCUGUUACGACAUGGUUUAGAAAGUCGAGCCACGGUCAACGGUCCCAGGCGCAAGUCGAUGCAAGUACCGUGGCGCGCGCACUAUCGGAGGCGCGGCGAGCGACUGCGGCCGAUCAGCUGCACCGAAAUAACUGCUCAGUGCAGCCGGGCGACUCGAUGCAAGCCUCCGCACUCCCCCUCCCACCCUUUACCCCGAUGCCGCCCCUACAGCCCGCACCGCUCACCCUUCAGGUCACGGUUGCAGGUCGCAUUGCGAGAGCGGAGCUGCACCCUCGAUCGAUCCAGUUGUUGCUUCCUAGGCUUCAGAUGGCCGUGAACUUGAAGUGA